AGCCCACGUGCACAGCCACCCGUCGGGCCCGAGCACGUUCCAGAGAGAGAAAAAGAGCGUGAGAGCAACGGACGGCUGCGAGGGGGAGAGGGAGGGGCCGCCUGUGCCGCCCCGUUCUGCGUAGAACGCACGUAAUUUAAAGCCGGGUCGAGUUGGCAAAGCAAGCGAAAGACGAGCAAAAGCGAGGCAGGGGUUGAGUGACACUGGAAAGCUUCAUUCAAUGAGAGAUUGUAGUCUUUAAGUGAAGUUCAGGUGCCCAAGGGAGGAACAUGGAGCGUCUGACAUCGUUCAGCAGCUUUACAGAUGACCCUUUUGACAAGCCGCCAUGCCGAGGGUGCUCCUCUUACCUCGCAGAACCUUACAUAAAGUGUGCAGAGUGUGGCCCACCUCCCUUCUUGCUGUGCUUGCAGUGCUUCACAAUAGGAUUUGAGUACAAGAAACACCAGAGCGACCACACCUAUGAAAUAGUGACAUCCAACUUCCCCGUCCUUGAUCCGACUUGGACAGCCCAAGAAGAAAUGGCCCUCUUAGAAGCUGUGAUGGAUUGUGGCUUUGGAAACUGGCAAGAUGUAGCAAAUCAGAUGAACACAAAGACGAAAGAGGAGUGUGAAAAACAUUACAUGAAGCAUUUCAUCAACAACCCCCUCUUUGCAUCCACGCUAUUAAAUCUGAAGCAAGCGGAAGAGAAUCAACACAGUGAUACAGCCAUCCCGUUUUAUUCUGCUGAAGAUCCUCCGCGGCCUACCUUUGAUUCCUUGCUCUCCAGGGAUAUGGCUGGAUACAUGCCAGCAAGAGCAGACUUCAUUGAGGAAUUUGACAACUAUGCUGAAUGGGAUUUAAGGGAUAUAGACUUUGUGGAGGAUGACUCGGAACUUUUACACGCUUUGAAGAUUGCAGUUGUAGAUAUCUAUCACUCGAGGUUAAAGGAAAGGCAACGAAGGAAAAAGAUUAUAAGAGACCAUGGACUCAUCAAUCUCAGAAAGUUCCAGAUUCUGGAAAGAAGGUACCCAAAAGAGGUUCAAGAUCUUUACGAGAGCAUGAGGCGCUUUGCAAGGAUCCUGGGGCCAACGGAGCACGACAAGUUCAUAGAAAGUCACGCAUUGGAGUUUGAGCUGCGAAGGGAAAUCAAACGACUUCAGGAGUACAGGACGGCAGGGAUCACCAAUUUCUGCAGUGCAAGAACGUAUGACCGGCUCAAAAAGACCCGCGAGGAGGAGUGCCUGAAGCGCACGAUGCUCUCCGAAGUCCUCCAGUACAUCCAGGACAGCAGCGCCUGUCAGCAGUGGCUCAGCCGGCAAGCGGACAUAGAUUCUGGCCUGAGUCCCACGAUGCCCGUGACCUCAAAUUCAGGUAGACGGAGCGCACCGCCACUGAACCUCACUGGUCUCCCAGGCACAGAGAAACUUAACGAGAAAGAAAAGGAGCUCUGCCAGGUAGUUCGCUUGGUCCCCGGAGCCUACCUGGAGUACAAAGCGGCCUUAGUCAACGAGUGCCAGAAGCAAGGCGGCCUGAGGCUUGCCCAGGCACGAGCCCUCAUCAAGAUCGACGUGAACAAAACCAGAAAGAUCUACGACUUCCUUAUCCGGGAAGGAUACAUCUCCAAAGCCUGAAGGGGGAAGCGGGAGCCUUUGCUUUGACUCAAAAGACCCACCGUUUUGCUGAACGGUGGAUGGGAUAGUGAAGAGCUCUCUACGAAGGCCGGCUUCUCCUCCUGUUUUAAACUGUACCAUGUAAUGUUUUGUUGGCAUUCUGCAGCGAUGAACUUUUGGGAAGAGCUGUGGGAUGUGUAAUCUAUUAUUAAAGUAUGGAGUGGGCCUUCACACCUCUUGCAAUGAUUAAAAAAAGGAUGGAAGCGCA